UGCGAAUAAAAAGCAGGGCCGUUCAGACUGAGCGCAUACUGUCCUGACACUAGAGCCUUCUCAUCAGGUUUAGCACUUUCUCUCGUGUCAGCUUUUCGUCUCACCCUUUUGUGAAGUCCGCGUUUCAAAGGCAGCUGGUCUUUGGAAGCAACUUGAUUCGGGAAAACCAGUCCUCGUCUGUUUCUGUCCGCGUUCCUCGCUCCGCUGAAGAUGAGCCUCUCGCGCUGUGUUCCUCUGCUGCUGUUAGUGCUCUGCGGAGCCGCAGAGUUUGCCGAAGCCUGCAGCUGCUCUCCUGAACAUCCUCAGCAGGCGUAUUGCAAUGCGGAUGUCGUCAUCAGAGCCAAAGUAGUCGGACGAAAGGAGGUGGUCACCGGCAAUGAUGUCUAUGGCUAUCCAAUCAGAAUGAUCCGAUAUGACGUCAAACAGAUAAAGAUGUUUAAGGGCCCUGAUGGUGAGAUUGAUACCAUCUUCACAGGCCCCUCCUCAGCUUUGUGCGGGGUCAAUUUUGAGAGCAAUGGCAAGAAGGAAUACCUGAUUAGUGGUAAUAUGGACUCAAAUGGCACAUUGCGUAUAAAUCUUUGCGACUACAUUGAAUCUUGGGAGUCUCUGAGUAUGACACAGAAGAAGAGCUUGGGUCAGCGCUACCAGAUGGGCUGUGAUUGCAAGGUCGUCCAGUGUUCCAUGAUUCCCUGUUCCAUUAAUGACCCCACAGAGUGUCUUUGGACUGACUGGGUGCUGGAGGGAACAGUUCAGGGGACCCAGGCUCAGCACUACACCUGCAUUAAGAGGAGCGACAACAGCUGUGCCUGGUACCGUGGAUCUGCCCCUCCUAAAAAAGAGUUCAUGGACAUCGAGGACCCAUAAGAACUCAGCUUGAUCACUCAUUCAGAAAAUCCCCCACAACACAGUUUACCUUACCUUAAACUCACACCUUAAUUCUGCAAAUGCAUUCUAAAGCUGAUGAAACCUGUCAAGAACAUGUUUGGAUCACCCCAAAUUCAAAAGAAAAAGAUAAUAUAGAUGGUAAUAUUUUUGUAUGAAUGAAUGAAUGAAUGAAUUAAAAGAAAUAAUGAAUAUUUUGCAUAAAGAAAAUAAAGUUUGAAAGAAUAUAAAAAUGCCUGUCCUCCAGAUUUUUUUAUUAUAGUGUUACGAAUAUAUAUUCUCAAUAUUGUAUUACAGUAUUUAGAUCAUAGAGAAUUACAAACAAACUAUUAUGCUGGAAAUAUAAUUUUUCUUUUGAUUUUAGGGUGAAUUAUGAUGAAGUAAUUCUGUAGCAUGACAGGAUGCAUACAUUUGGUUGCAUGUUAAUAUAUCAAGUGAAUCUUACCUCUAGUGUAUUUUUUUUUAUGACAGGCAUAAAAGUUCUCUCAAGCACUUUGAGAAGUGUUUUUGUUAUAUUUUUGCUCUCCAAUAAAGAGGAAAUUGGUUACAACAUUGUUUUUCACUUCCUCAAACACAGCUUGGGAAAAGAUUUCUUGAUCUUUUAUGUUGUCAUUAUUAUUCUUACAAUGCAAAGCAGAAAGACUGAAGUAAUGUGCCAUGAAGGAUUUAUGGGACAGAUGAUUAGAAGGCUUUGCAGACUUUGCAGUUUAUGACAAAAUUCUGUUGAAAUUGUCAUCAUAAAGAAAACAAUGCUCUUUUAUAAUUUGAGAUACACUACCAGUCAAACCUUUGGACACACUUGACUACAUUUGUGUUUCUCUGUUUAAAUUAAAUUACUUUUUAACACACACACACACAAAUAGAACAUUUUGUUACUACAUAAUCCCCAUACUUUCUUUUGUGUUAUUUCAUAGUUUUGACUUAACUAUUAUUUUAAAAUGGAGAAAAUAGUAAUACUAUAUAUAUAUAUAUAUAUAUAUAUAUAUAUAUAUAUAUAUAUAGGCCUAAUAGUCAGAAUCAGUAGGUGUGUCCAGACCUUUGCUUGAUAGUGUACAUCAAAAAGUGAAUUGAAUUCAUGGGUGUGUAAGGAAUGUAAAUCAUAAGUAAGAUGUAAAUUCUGUAUUGUACUGUGCAUGUAUCAACAUACAUAGAUCUGGCAAUGAUGUAUGUAUUUUGUAAUAUAUACAGGAUUUUCUAAUUUAUAUCAAAAUUAUCUGCUUUGAAUGUGUCCAGAAAAUAUAUGCAUUUUUUUAUUUGGUUUAAGUUGAAGUGGUUAAAUUAGUGAAUGCUCUAGACUCUGCAUUCUUCACAGAAAACUGCAUUUAUUGAGAGUUAUGUCUAGUAAGGUGUAGAAAUUGUUUUGUUUUUUUGCCCAUAAUACUUUUUGUACAUUUGUGUUCUUUUUCCCUGCAUCCUUCGACAACUUUUUUGAAGUAGUGUGAGAUUUCCAGUGCUGGAACCAUUGGGAAGACUUGUUGAGAGCUAGCCUUUGCAUGCCUUUUAAAGUUAAUUGAUACUCAUUGUUAUAACUGUUAUAGUAGCUACUCAUGAAUAAAGGAGUAGAAAUGUC